AUGGCCACUUUUGCGUCCUCCUUUCACAUCAAUGCCGCUUCACCACUGUCUCAGGCAACACAGGCUACCCCAUUGACAUGGCUGGCUCCAGCAUUUAGUGUUCUAACCAUCCUCAUUAACCUGCUGGCUAAGGCAGAGUCCAACAGGAAUGGCAUGCGACAACUCGAGGAACGCUGCCUCGGUUUCCUUACUGUCAUCAAGAGCGAAGGCGAAAUCAUGGCAGCAGAUGAGAAAAUCAGGCUAUCCUCGAGCGCACAAAGCGCCCUGCAAGGCAUCCUGGACAGAAUGACUCCAUGGUGCUUGAUGUCUCGAGUCAAACUAUUCGUCAAACAGGAUGAACUCGCUGGCGUCAUCCAACAAUGCCACCUUCAGAUAUCUGAUUGUUUAAACAUGUUACAGAUAAAUUCCCACCUCGAGAUCCACAAGUGGCAGUCUGCCUUCGAAGAGAACCAAAGGAUUGACAGCGAACACAUGGUGCAAUAUCUCGGAGACCUCAAAAACACGCAAGAGAUUCUCAUGGACGCACAACUGCAACAGACCACAGUCGUGCACCAGAUCUUGACAGUGAUGCAAGAGAACCUUCCGGGACACGUCUCUACAACCGCUGAACGCGGUCUGGAAAGUAAUUUGUACAAUCUUCUCCAGACUUCCAGGACUUUACUUCCGAACAUGAAUUUGAAACGCGGGGAAGUGAGGCGUACCAGCAAUUAUGCUGUGAAUGGAACGAGCCGGACCGACGUCUGGGAAGGAUGCUACCUUAAUAACGAGAAGGUUGCUAUCAGAGUCCUGCGCGCAGUCUAUGUUACACCUAAAACGCUUAAGAGGUUCAAGACAGAGGCGGAGAUAUGGAGAACAAUCUUCGAAGCGGACAAGGGAGAGCACAUCCUCACAAUAUACGGGUUUUGCCAGAGCGACGGGGAUUAUCCUUACACCGUAAGCCCCUGGAUGUCUAAUGGGACCUUGCAAGACUACAUCUAUGAAUACCCCGAGGUUGACCACCGAUAUAUGUUGAAAGGCAUUGUCGAGGGCAUUAAAUUAUUGCACAGCAUGUCUGUUGUUCACGGUGACAUCAAAGCCCCGGACGGCAGACCACUGCUUUCCAACUUCGGUUUUACAAGGCUCGAGGAGGAGAUCAUGAGCUACUUCGAUGUCAGCAGUGGCAGCACCCUCAAUCAAGAGUCUUUGAGGUGGUGCCCUGCUGAGCUGUGCAAGAGCGGAGGGAAACGUACAAUGGCGUCCGACGUUUACGCCUUUAGUAUGACAGUCCUCGAGCUUAUGACCCACGAAGAACCUUGGAAGUCAGUGCGCCUCGCAACUCAAGUCAUCCUUAAGGUCUGUCAGGGCGAGACUCCACCUCGACCCACAGACCCAGUCGUUGCAGAACGAGGCUUGGAUGACGCACUUUGGGCACUGUUGGAGAAGUGCUGGUGCAUGAACAUGCAUGAUAGACUCACCAUGAAAGAGAUCGCGGAUUGCUUAUGA